AUGGAAAGGUCUGCUGAUCCAAUGAAUCGGAAUGCGAAUUACAACAUUCGUGAAAGAAUGGCAAACAGAUUCGAGGUAGAUCAGCGCGCAGCGCUUUUUGGCAGCCGAUUUCAAGGCAAGGGGGGUGCCCAGAAGACAAAGGAUGACACGUACGCGGCCACCUCCAGGGAGAUGAUGGAGCGCCAGAAUGACGAAGCCAUCGAGGACCUGGAGGCAAAGGUGGGGCAGCUGAAGGACAUCACGAGGAACAUCGGCUCCUCCAUCAAAGAUUCCAAUAGCCUGCUCGACACCAUGGGCAUCGACUUCGACAAGGCUGCCGGGCUGCUCAAGGGCACCCUUGGCAACUUGAAGGGGAUGAUGGCCAACAAGAGCAGCAAACACAUGAUCUACAUGGUGCUCUUUGUCGUGUGCCUGUUCCUCCUGAUGUACUUCCUGAGGAAGAUGAGCUUCAGUGGGUCUGGCGGUGCGUCGUCGAUACAGCUGAAGGAAAAUGCCUCCAGCGGCGGCUGA